AUGAGCUACGGUCACAAAGUCCAGAAAGUGAUGGUUCAGCCCAUUAACUUGGUCUUUCGAUUUUUCCAGAAAAAGAUCCGGGUUCAAAUCUGGAUCUACGACGUUGUCAACCUUCGACUCGAAGGUGUCAUCGUCGGCUUCGACGAAUACAUGAACCUGGUUCUGGACGACGUUGAAGAAAUGCACGUCAAAACUCACUUCAAACGAAACAUCGGACGAAUCCUUCUCAAGGGCGACAACAUCACUCUCAUCCAACAGGCGCCUCAAUAA